CGACACUGUCUGCAUCUGUGUCUUCACUAAACGUGAUAGUACGAACUGGCCAUGACUGACCCAGCAGACUCGGACCAGCUCCGCAACACCAUCUCCUCCCAAGGAGCCACCAACAGAAGGCAUGAGGAGUUGCUUCAUGGUCUUGUGGAAGGGUUCCAGACCUUGGCCGAAUGCCAUGACCAAGCGUUGGACACAUUGCUGGAGCAAUUCCGCGGGUUGCCUGUUAGUCAGCCUACCACAAAGGUACCCUCCCAGCCCCUCAGUAACACGGCUGUUAGCAGCACCGCCACCCCGGUUUCUCGUGAACCCUGCUUACCUCCCCGGAAGGUGGAGAGUCGGGCACCUGUCGGACGUUUCUCGCUCAGUGUUCCCUCAUCAUCGAGCUGCAGCCCUCCUCCUUCCCCUCAGACCGCUGUAAGAUGAUAGCAUACCUCAUCACACUGAUGUCCGGGAGUGCUCUCGCCUGGGCUACGGCAGUAUUACGGGAUCAGCAGUUGGCCGUAUAUUUCAGUCUGGAGGAGUUCAUCGUGGCGGUGAAGAAAGUUUUCAAUGCUCCAUUGUCCGGGAGAGAGGCUGCCCGGAAGUUACUCCAGCUUCGGCAAGACUCCCGCAGUGUGGCUGACUAUGCAGUGGAUUUCCGCACGUUGGCAGCUGACAGUGCCUGGAACCCGGUAGCGCUGUUCGACAUGUUCCUGCACGGAGUAUCGGACGAAGUAAAGGACGAGCUUGCAGCUCGGAAACUACCGACUGAUCUCCAUUCACUCAUCGCCUUGACCAUUCAGAUCGAUGGGCGACUACGGGAGCAAGGGAAGGAGAGGAGGUUCGAUUUCACUCGCCUGCCCAAGGCAUCCACCUCGCCUCGACAUCCUGGAAGUCCCCGACGGCUCUAUUGCCGAGAGAACCUGAGGCUACCCGAGUUCCCCCGAGAGUCUCAGAAGUCUGCCAAUUCACCUCUUCCCCGAACCGACGCAAUUAGGCAGAGCUAGGCUGUCCCCAGCCGAACGGCUAUACAGGCUUCACACAAAGAGUUGCCUGUAUUGCAUUUCGUGGCCACCUGUCCACUAAAAGACCAGGCUCACCGGUAGUAGCGAGUACUCUGGUGGGUCACACGGAUAACUUUUCCUCUCUCCUUACUGGCAUUCCUUUUCAUUCCAUCUUGCUGUGGGGGAACCUGUCACAAUCUCUCCAGGUACUCAUCAACUCUGGGGCCGAUGAGAGCUUUAUGGACACUACCCUGGCAUCCGAUCUGGACAUCCCCACUGGACAGGCGCUCUAUAGGCCGGUUCACCCACAAUACCACCCCCAUCAACCUACGUGUGUCAGGGAACCACAGUGAGAUGUUCUAAUUCCUGCUUAUUAAGUCUCCUCAGGUUCCUGUGGUAUUGGGAUUAUCUUGGCUCCAGCGACACAAUCCCCUUAUUAACUGGUCUUCUGGUGCCAUCAUGGGCUGGAGCCCAUUCUGCCAUGCUCAUUGCUUGAAUAGCCUGCCCCAGGAUGUCUUCCUGGGGGCUCGAAAGUUGCCCAGGACUUCUCCGCCAUUAUCGCUGAAUACCAGGACCUCCAGGAGGUGUUUAGUAAGGCCCGGGACACUUCGCUUCCGCCACACUGACCCUAUGAUUGCGGGAUCAACCUUCUCUCAGGCACCACUCUACCCCGGGAACGACUGUACUCUCUGAGGACUCCCUAGCUGCAGGGUUCAUCCCUCCUUCUGCUUGCCCUGCGCCCGUGCAUAAACUACCUGGGCCUCAACGACAUCACAGGGAAGAACCGCUACCCGCUACUACUCAUCUCCUUGGCCUUCGAGCCACUCCAGGGGGCCACCAUGUUCUCCAAGCUGAACCUACGGAAUGCCUACCACCUGGUGUGGAUACGGGAAGGGGACGAGUGGAAGACUGCCUUCAACACGGCCAGCGGCCACUACGAGUAUCUGGCAUGCCAUUUGGUCUUACCAAUGCCCCUGCUGUAUUCUAGGCUCUGUUGAAUGAUGUUCUCCGCGACAUGUUGAACCGGUUCAUCUUCGUCUACUUCGACGACUUCCUUGUUUGCUCCCGCUCUGCCCAAGAACACGUGCUCCACAUCCGACAGGCCUCCUGGAGAACCAGCUUUUUGUGCAAGCAGAGAAGUACGAAUUCCAUUGCUCCACCAUCCCCUUCCUAGGUUACAUCAUUGCUGCAGGGAGUGUACAGAUGGAUCCCGGGAAGGUGAGAGCGGUGGUGGAUUGGCCCCAGCGUAUGUCCAGAAUGCAACUGCAACAUUUCCUGAGAUUUGUCAACUUUUAUCGCCGCUUUAUCCCGGGGUUACAGCACCCUGGCUUCCCCCCUGUCUGCACAGGCCGAUGCUUUGGAUGUCAGAGAGGGGGCUGUACUGUCCCAAUGUUCUUACCUGGACCUCCAGUUACAUCCCUGCGCCUUCUUCUGCCAUCGCCUCAACGCCACGGAGAGGAACUACGAUGUGGGGAAACGUGAGCUUCUCACGGUGAAGAUGGCAUUGGAGGAGUGGAGGGUACUGGCUGGAGGGGGCAGAACAUCUGUUCAUUGUGGGGACAGACCACAAGAACCUGGAAUAUCUCUGCACCGCCAAGUGUCUCAAUUCCAGUGAAGCUAGGUGGGCCCUGCUUUUCACCUGGUUCAACUUCUCCCUCUCAUACCGACCGAGAUCCAAGAAUGUCAAGCUGGAUGCGCUGUCACGCCGUUAUAGCCCCGCGGCUCCACGCACGGAACCAGAGGCCAUCCUUCCCACCUCGUGCCUGCUGACGGCACUCAGCUGGGGAAUAGGGAAGCAUGUUCGUGAGGUGCAGAGUUCCCAGGAAACCCAAGGGGGACCCAGAUAACCAGAUAUUUGCUCCUGGCACUGUCCGCUCCUCGGUCCAGGCUCCCGUCAGACCCUGGCAUUUGUGUGACAAUGCUUUUGGUGGCCUACCAUGGUUCCUGACAUCUCCACAUUCAUCUCAGCAUGCACGAUCUGUGCACAGAACAAGACUCCCCGACAAGCUCCGGCUGGUCUCCUUCAACCUCUGCCUGUUCCUCACCAUCCCUGGUCUCACAUAUCCCUGGACUUUGUCACGGGUCUCCCCCCGUCUGAUGGCAACACCGCCAUCCUGACAGUAGUGGACUUCCAACUUCAAUCCUCUACGUAAGCUACCCUCUGCUGAAGAGAUGGACCAUCUCAUGGUGAAGCAUGUCUUCCAGAUCCAUGGACUCCCAGUGGACAAAGUCUCCGACCGGGGUCCUCAGUUGUCGCCCCUGUUCUGGAAGGUGUUCUUCACACUCAUUGGGUUGUCGGCCAGCCUAUCCUCCGGGUUCCACCCCCAGUCCAAUGGCCAGUCGGAGCGAGCCAACCAAGACCUGGAGAUGACUCUUCGCUACCUGGUCUCCUCCAACCCCACCACAUGGAGCCAGCAACUAGGGUGGGUCGAAUAUGCCCUUCAACACCCUUCCUUGCUCUGCCAUGGGUCUCUCACCCUUUGAGUGUUCCCUAGUUUAUCAGCCCCCGUUCUUUCCGGAGAAAGAGGAAGAGGUCGGCAUACCCUCAGCCCAGAUGUUUGCCCACUGCUGUUGUCGUACCUGGAAGACAGUCCGGUCGGCUCUUCUCAAGACCACCUCCAGGUAUCAACGACAAGCGGACCGCCACCGGACCCCGGCUCCCCGGUAUCGUCUUGGGCAGAGGAUAUGGCUGUCCACCCAAGAUCUGCCCCUCCGGGUGGAGUCCCGCAAACUUUCCCCCCGGUUUAUCAGCCCUUUCCCCAUCUACAAGAUCAUUAGCCCCUCUGCUGUUCGUCUUUUGUUGCCCCGUACCCUCUGUAUACAUCCCACUUUUCAUGUGUCUAGGAUCAAACCAAUGUCUCACAGCCCUUUCUCUCCUGUUUCCACGCCCACCCCUCUCCCCUGUUUCAUUGACGUCCAACCGGAGUACACGGUGAGGCGUCUCCUGAAGGUUCGACCUUGGGGCACGGGAUUCCAGUACCUGUUGACUGGGAGAGUUAUGGCCUGGAGGAGAGGUUCUGGGUCCCCGCCAGGGACAUCCUGGACCCAAGCCUCAUUGCUGAUUUCCAACGCCGGCACCCCGGUCAACCAGGUAUGCGUUCAGGUCCCCCGUGGGUGAGUCGUCAGGUGGAGGAGCGCCAGACAGCGAGGUUGGGGCAGACAGUGCGGCUGGCGUGCCCCGUAGAGGGUGACCCUCCUCCCCUGAUUCUGUGGGUGAAGGACGGGCGUAACGUCCACCCGGGCUGGAGCCGCUACCGGGUGCUGAAACAGAGCCUGAAGAUCAAAGAGGUGGAGCUGGGGGAUGCGGGGGUGUACAUGUGCCGUGUCACCAACGGCUUCGGAAGCAUCGCCCUCAACUACACCCUCAUCGUCAUCGAUGACACUGCAGCGACUCAGACUGACGCUCCACCUGCUGUAUUGGAACCCAACGCUGAGCUCACCCAGCCUGACCCUACAGGAGAGCCCUGGGUAAAGCCUCGGUUCAGCCAGCCCACUAAGAUGCGAAGGCGGGUGCUGUACAAGCCGGUGGGCAGCUCGGUGAGGCUCAAGUGCCAGGCCACGGGCACCCCUCCCCCUGUCUUUACCUGGUGGAAAGACCAGACCCCUCUGCCACCCCCGCGCCAGGGCAAGCGCCCGCAGUGGACCCUCACCCUGAAGAACCUGCAGCCCCAGGACAGUGCCAAGUACACUUGCCACGUCUCUAACCCAGCAGGGCACAUCAAUGCCACCUACAAGCUGGAUGUCAUCGAGCGCUCGCAUUGCAAGCCUGUUCUGACCGGCACACACCCGGUCAACACCACCGUGGAGUAUGGUGGCACCGCCUCCUUCCAGUGUAAGGUCCACAGUGACGUGAAGCCCGUGGUCCAGUGGCUGAAGAGGGUGGACCCAGGCACACAGGACCGCUAUAACUCCACCCUGGAGGUCGGCGGGCAGCAUUUUGUGGUUCUUCCCACAGGGGAUGUGUGGUCCCGGCCUGACGGCUCCUACCUCAACAAGUUGGCUAUUGUCAAGGCCCGCGAUGAGGAUGCUGGCAUGUACAUCUGCCUGGGAGCCAACACUAUGGGCUACAGCUUUCGCAGUGCUUAUCUUACUGUGCUGCCAGACCCUCAGGUGGAGAACACAGUGACGCCUCCCCACCUGAGCUCCGGCCUGCCCUGGCCUCUGAUCAUCGGCAUCCCUGCAGCAGCCCUCCUCAUCGUAGGCACUAUCGUACUCUGGCUGUGCCACAGCCGUCGGCUCCACAACACCCUGGCUCCCCGGCACAUACCUGUAGUCCACAGAGACCACCACAUCUCGGACAAAGAGCCCAGCACCACCACCCCCUGUAGUGCCCUGACUAGCCCUGACUACCCCAGCCAGAGACUGGUGGGCCUGGGAACCCCCGGCCUCAGUGGGCCCCCUAAGAUCUACUCCAAGGUUUACACAGACAUGCACACGCACACACACACACAUGCCCAUGUGGAUGGUAAGGUCCAUCAACACCAGCACUUCCACUACCAGUGCUAACCAGCCCCUUCUCAUCCCACCCCAUACCUACGGCCUUGUCUCCUAGCCACUGCUGCUAUUCUGACCCAACAAUGGACUAUGAGCAAGGGACAAUGAGCCUGGUAGAUGGAACCAAGGAAAGGCUUGUAGUUCAUAUGAACUACACCUCCCAUGAUAAGCAGUGUUAACACACCAUUUGGUGGCAGAAGCCCUACCAGGUUGGAUCCUGGGAUAGGCAUGGACAAAUGUUACUAAGCUGCCAGCUAAUACCGCUUCAUUGAGAUGUCUCAGGGCAGGGAAACCCUCCCAUGUUUGCUAUUGAGUAAUUUAUGUUUUUUUAAUAUCAGACAACUAAGAUUAAACGCGAAUUGUAUUUUAAAGGAUGGAAAGGAAUGGACAAAUGAUAGAAUGUCUAUAUAAACAACAAAAUGCAGGGCACUCAAACAUAAAUAUUUAGAUGUGUGUUUGGAUGCACGUAGCCCUGGAGAAAUCAUUAAUUAGUUAAUGGGAGAAGUGUCAGGGUUAGGUUCAAUUUAGGUAAAGGACAUCCAAUUUACACAAAUUAGUGUUUCUAAUAGAAUUGACCCCAACCCUAUAAAAAAAAUAAAAAAUAACACUCAUCUAAACAUGUACCUGUGUCCAAACUUUCAAAGCAUAAAGUAAUAUGAUGAACUUUUAAGCUUGUCUAAAUUGGAAAAUUCAAGAUUUAUAAGCUUUUAAAGAAAAUUUAAAAUGUAACUGUGACAAAUCAAAAUCUAGCCAAGAUGUUUACAAUGUGUUUCGAGCUUUUAUAUUCUCCUAAUAGUAACACAAACUGUGGUGUCCUCUGUUUUGAAAUAGGUGGUAUAAUUUUUUUUUAAAGAGGUUUUGUAAAUGUGUGUGUUUCAUGUAGGAAAGUACAACUCAUCAGGGAAAUUAGAUGGAUGGAUGAAUGGAUGAGGUGAAAAAAAGUAUUUUUUUUAUUCAGAUAUUGUAUAAUAUGUAUCCAACUGUGCCUGAAAAAUACUAUUAUUUACUCUGUACAGUGUCUGUCAGAUGCCAAGUUCUUUUGCAGCGCUAUAGAUGUGUAUAUUACUUACAAUUCUUGUGAGGUAUAUUGUUGUAUAAGGUAGGACAAGUAUUGUACUGUACCUUUUGUCUAAUGGUUUAAAAACUCACAAAAAAGCUAUUUAGCUGUGUUUUUAUUUUAUUGUUCUAUAUUUAUUUGUAACCUACAUUAUUCUUCUGUAGCUCAGUUGGUAGAACAUGACACUUGUAACGUCAAUGGGUUUGAUUCUCGGGACUACCCAUAUGUAAAAAUGUAUGCACGCAUGACUGUAAGUUGCUUUGGAUAAAAGUGUCUUCUCUUCUGCUUAUAUUCUUAUUCCAGAUUGGAUUUAGACAAAAAUAUGACAAGUGUUGAUUGUAUUGUUAAGUUGAAUUACAGAUUCUACUGGCCUAGUUGUCUCAUAUUUUAUUAAGAACCUGACCAUAUCUUUAUAUAUUUUCACUUUUUUAUUUGUUGAAAAACAUGGCAACCAUUACAAAGAUAAUUUAAUAAAGAGUCAUUCACCCUACUCUCAAGUAGCCAUAAAUCUAGUACCCAAGUGUUUUAAAAUUGUCACGUUAAUCUUGUGCAAUUACUCUGAAACAUUGCAUGAUGCAAACUCACUCUGGUGCUCAUGUAAAUUUAGUACUGUACAAUAAUAUUUUUGUAAUAAAAAUGGUUUCUAUA